CCUUUUGCGGCCGGUCGCCAUUGAUAUCAAAUAAUCCCACCAUUAAACUCCUCGCAGCCUCCGCGCGCGCUCUCUGUCUCUCUCUUUCUCACACACGCACGCACGCGCUAAAUCUUCAAUUCACACACAUAUAUAGUAUAUAUAAAUCUGUUGACGCAGAAAUUCAUUAAAUCCCACACCUCCAUCCAUUUGAACAAACCGAGAAACUGCAGAAAAUCAAGAACAGAAAACACACUGUGAAAUUUUUAAAUAGAUUGAAUCUGUUUGUGAAUUUGGUUUUAUAUAUGUAAUGCGUCAGAAAAAAUCUGAAGUUCAGAUCGGAACAGAAAGCAGUGGCAUCUCUUCCGAUUUCAACCCUAUCCCACUGCCCCCUUCUUCCCUUACACAAAAACAUCCACAUCUUUUCCAAAAUUUUCACCCAAAUACUCACCAUCCUUCAAAUUCGUCGUCUUACGUGAAUAAUAGUACCCUUCAGAUCCUUAUCAAUGAUGAAAAUCGACUGAAGGGUCAAAAUGAUCGGUUUCCCCUCAAACCCUCACCUUUGAAGAGACCUAAUGUUCAACAAAUUUCAAGUUCGCUUACCAAGACUCCGACUUUGUCAAAUGCCCUUCACAGAUAUGGGUUUUCUGGAAAAAAUCCUCCUUCAAAGUUUAAUCUUCUUUAUACAAGGUCUCAAAACUUCUUGACCCAUUUUCACCACCAUGUUCAUUACCUACGCCGUCGAAUGCGCCUCCACCUCCGCCUCAUACUUCUCCUCAGUCUCCCUUUCUUUUACUUCCUGGUCUCCCACCCUUCCAGCUCAUUUAUUCUUGAUUUCCUCUCUGCCUUUGCCUUCUCUGCUGCGCUCUUGUUUUCCCUCAAUUUGGCCAUUCCAAGACUUCCCACGAUAUGGUUGUACCUUGCCAGGUCGUUACCAGUUAAAAUUCGUCGAAAAAAACAAGCGAACUGGCCACAUUUACCGGUAUUUUGGUCAAUUGGGUCUUCACACAAGGCGGAUAAGAAAGCAAUUUCAGGGUCUUAUGUAGAGGCAUACAACAAUGGGGAUGUGUACGAGGGCGAGUAUCACAAGGGAAAGUGUAAUGGGAGUGGGGUUUAUUAUUAUUACAUGAGCGGGAGAUAUGAGGGGGAUUGGGUGGAUGGCAAGUAUGAUGGAUAUGGAGUAGAGACAUGGGCAAGGGGCAGCCGGUAUAGAGGUCAGUACAGACAGGGGCUUAGGCAUGGUUUUGGGGUGUACAGGUUUUAUACAGGAGAUGUCUAUGCUGGGGAGUGGUCUAGUGGGCAGAGCCAUGGGUGUGGUAUACAUACCUGCGAAGAUGGGAGCCGUUAUGUGGGGGAAUUUAAGUGGGGCGUUAAACAUGGCCUUGGACAUUACCAUUACAGGUAAUCUUGGGGAUGUUUAUUUGCAUUCUGCCAGUCGUUUAUAUGCUUUGUGCUUCUUGUCAUUUGAUAUAUAAAUAUAUAAAAUCCUAGGUUUUAUUUUAAAAGUCGAUCCCAGAAUAUUUCAUGUCAACAAAUCAAGUCUUCUUUUGGUAAUAAAGACGGAGUUUGUUUUUAUUGGUCAAUAUUUUUGGCAUAAACUUGAUGUUGUGUGUAUAUGUGAUCUGUCCCGUAAGGCAUGUUUUUUUCGGACAAAAGAUAAUGUUUAUGAUUUGGAUCAUGUUCACUUCUUUAGAUUUCUUCCUGCUCCUGAUAAAUUGUUGGAUAGUUGUUACAACCUUCUUUCAUUGUUAAUUUAUGAAUGAAGUUUUGUUUUGUUGUUUAUAAUACCUGUAAAAUCAUGCCCUUUGUCACUCGAAUUAUUUUUUCAGUGUUUCAAAUCCUUUAUAUGCCCCCACCCCCGGGCAAACCCUUGGAGUUAAGUUCGCCGUUUGGUGCUGCAUGUCAGAAUCUAAUAUUUUUGUUAUGAAUUGUUUUCUCUGGGUUAGUAAUAAUGCUCAACUGUAAGUGGUAUAUCACCUUACCAGCAUGUGAUAAUAAAGAGCAUAGAAAUGAAAAGAUGAAACUGUUAAAACAAAAUAAGAUGGUAAAGUGUUGAUUCCGUUCUCCAUUUCCUGUUCUAUAUUGGUGAUGUGAGUUACAAAGAUAAAUUAGGAACUAACCUUUUAUUAAAAAGGUUAGUGGAAAGGC